UACUGAAGACGUUGACUGAUUUACUUCUCCUAUACAAAAAUCUCUCAGUAAUAUUUGUAUGGUUUAAAUGUAGGUUGAUACAUAUAAUACGUAUAAUGAGUUUUUCGAAUAAAGUGAAAUUGAUGUGAAAAUAUGAACAUUCGGGAUUAUUCAAAUCCGAAUUCGCAUUCAUAGACAAUGACGACCAAAAUCUCGAAGAAGAAUGGGAUCAGCAAACCGAAAAUUUCCAUUAAUUUAACAAAGGUGGCAAUUUCCACUUUAGAAACCUUAAAAGCAGGAAAUUUGAGAAAUGUGGUUGUUGUCGGAAACUUCAUUGAAAAUAAGGCGAGUCUGCUGAAAGAGCUAAAAAAUUUAUCAAGCCCACCGAACAGUUCAGCAACGAAGAAAAAGUCUCCAGGCCUUCUCAAAGAAAAACUGGAGAAGGCAUUACGUAUGAAGAGUAUUUUAGAAGAGGCUGUACAAGGGGAUGCAGAAAAGGCGCAUAACGAAUUGGCAGAAUUAUGUGAAGAGAGGAAGAAGCAAGUUGAAUUCAGGCAUCACAAUUUUAUAUCCACUACUUCUCCCCUUGCUGCGUCUUCUUAUAAUUGCCCAAAUCGCAGAAGAAAAGGAAAGAAGAAGCACAGAAAAAAUAGAACAUACUUCAGCGUAUACCAAAACUUUGAAGAGAGAAGUUCAAAAUAUAUUGUUGGCAGUGUACCACUUCAAAAUCCUAAGAAGUUCUUCUUGUCAAUAUGA